AUGGAAGAGAAAAGCGUCUUCAAAGUUAUUAUAAUCGGGGCCUCUGUCACGGGUCUAACCCUAGCCCAUUGUCUUCACCGCGCAGGAAUUGACUAUGUGGUUCUGGAAAAGCAUGUCGAGGUUCAUCCGCCCAUUGGAGCCGCUGUAGCCAUUUUACCUAAUGGUGCGCGAAUUAUGGAACAGCUGGGCAUCUUCCAUCACGUUGAAAGGAAGUCUUCUUCAAUUGAGCGGGUGCAUCUUUGUUAUCAAGACGGCUUUUUCUAUGAUAGUCUUUCUCCCAGUGUCAUACUUGAGAGGUUUGGCAUCAAGUUCGCGUGUCUGGAGCGAACUCAACUUCUCGAGAUCUUGUAUACGACUCUCCCGGACAAAUCAAAGGUUCUGACAAGCAAGGAUGUCACGACAAUCACUCCAAAUGAUGCUAAAGUAUCUGUCACUACGGCUGCCGGCGAAGAGUUCCAAGGAAAUUUGGUUGUGGGAGCAGACGGCGUGCACAGUCUCACGCGACGAGAAAUGUGGCGGAUUGCUGAUAUCGAGCAGCCGGGCCGGAUCUCACUCAAAGAGAAACGCACAGUCGAAAAUGGCUUGUUCUGGGUACUCAUUGAGAAACUUCCGCGAAGGUAUACCUAUCCCGAUGCACCGCGCUUUUCGCGAGACGAAGCUAUUUCGCACUGCGAAGCAGCUGCAGACCUACCAAUCUGGGAAGGAGUUCGGUUCCGAGAUAUCUGGGCUCAGCGCCGUGGGUUCCGGAUGGUUGCGUUGGAGGAGAAUCUUUUCCGGACCUGGCACCAUGGCCGGAUAGUCUGUAUCGGAGAUAGCAUGAGCAAGAUGACACCAAAUAUUGGCCAAGGAGCCAACACCGCCAUGGAAGCAGCUGCCGGGCUGGCUAACGUGCUCCACGCAAUCACUCAAGAGAACAAUAUUCCCUCAGCCGAGACAAUCGAGCAGGCACUUACCACUGCCACCCACAAGCAUCGCAAGCGUCUCGACGCAAUCCACAUGGAGUCCCGCUGGAUCACCCGGUUGGAAGCGUGCCAAGGUCGGCUGACGACAGCCUUCGCGCGCUACAUAGCUCCGCAUUGCGGUGAUCUCUUCGCACUCGGUGUCGUUCGCAACUCCUACAACGGCGAAGUGCUGCAAUUCCUGCCCUUGACGGAACGUGCGGGGAAGAAUUGGCCAGAGUUGGAAUGGUGGAAUACAUGGGGCUUGUCCAAGUGGCGAGAUGUCUCCCUGAAGAUGGGUUAUCUGUUUUUUCUUCUGAUCGUUAUUGUGUUUAUUAAUCGGGUGUCAGGAAUUCCCGAGCUGUGA